AUGAACAUAGUUGUACAUUCUGCUGGGAGAGCUUGUUUUUUAUCUUCACAUGAUGCAUCGGCCGAUAAGCACGAUGCUAAGUAUAUCUUUGAUUUUGUAGACAAGGCUAUUGAUCAGAUAGGGGAGGCAAAUGUGAUACAGAUAGUCACUGAUGGAGCUUCAAACAAUAUGGCGGCUUCUAAGUUAUUGAUUGAGAAGAGGCCAAAUAUAUUUUGGACGACUUGUGCUACACACACGGUGAACUUGAUGUUGUGCGAUAUAGCUAAGAUAAAACUCAUUCGUAAUGCCAUUUUAAUGGGGAGGAGUGUAUCAGUGUUCAUAUAUAAUCACACCAAGCCUCUUCAAUUAUUUAGAGAGUUUACUAAGGGUGAUCUUGUGAGACCGGGAGUUACAAGGUUUGCUACAGCGUUCCUUUCUCUACAGUCAUUAAGAGAUCAUAAGAAAGAGAUGAGGCAAAUGUUUAUCUCUGACCAAUGGACAGAUUGUAGCCUUUCAAGAACAUCAGUGGGUAAAAAGGUUGCGGAGAUAAUUGCUAGCAACAAGUUUUGGGAUAAUAUAGACUUUGCUCUCAAAGUAUUCACUCCUCUCGUGAAUGUUCUUCGAAGAGCGGAUGGUGAUAAAAUCGGUUCGAUGGGAUUUAUAUAUGGGGACAUGUUGGUGGCUAUGGAGGAGUUGAAAGUGGCCCUUAGGAAUGAUGACAAGAAGUAUAAUCCCAUUUUGUCCAUGAUUGAGUCGAGAUUUAAGAAGAAUCUUUGUGGAACAUUACAUAAAGCGGGUUACUUUUUGAAUCCUUUUUACUAUUACCCAGCUUACACAGACAUUGAAGGUGACGGAAGCUUCAUGAAUGCCAUAGUCAAGUGUAUGCAUAGACUCUUUCCCGAUGACCAUGUGACUUUCACAAAGAUUGGAGAUCAAAUACCUAAUUAUCAAGAACGCCUAGGAUCAUUUGGGGAUCAAUUUGCGAGGCGAAGUGCUACUAAGGGUGAUUGUCCGGUUACUUGGUGGAGGCUUUAUGGAAACGAUACUCCCGAGUUAAGGAAGAUGGCAAUGAAGAUUUUGGGCUUGACAACUAGCUCUUCGGCUUGUGAAAGAAAUUGGAGUACAUUUGAGAUGAUUCAUACGAAGAAGAGGAAUAGACUAACUCAUAAAAAACUUCAUGACUUAGUCUUUGUCAAGUUCAAUGCAAAGUUGAAGAACAAGCAUGCCGUCCCAAAUAGAGAUCCUUUAACCGCCUACGAUGAUGAGGAAAGAGUCACCGAAUGGUUGUUGGGUGAGGAGGAGGAGAAUAGUGAUGAUGAAGUAUUUCCAGGAGAGUGUUUAACUUUUAGGCAAGUUGGAGAUAUUUCGGGAGCUAAUCCAAGGAAGAGAAAGAGUGGAAGGUUGCAAACGUAUAGAAGAAAGAAGAAAUCGGGAUCAUCUUCAUCGAAAGGAAAAGAGCCGAUGGAAGAUGACGAGGAAGAAGAGAUGGAUGCGUUAUUCACGGAGUCAGAUGAGGAUGAUAAUACUACUUUUGAUUUUGAUCACGAUGAAGAUUGA